CCCUCUCCUCCUGCCUUGUGUCUGUGAGCUCCCACUCCUGCCUGCCCAGCCUGUGCCUCUGUCUCUCUCUGUGUCUCCUUCACUGAGUCUCACUCAACAGCCACAAUGCAAACAAGCAGGCACUCAACGUACUCUGUGCGCUCCACCAGCAGUAGGCCCUCUGCCAUCACCCGUGCCUCUGGUCCUGUCUACAAGGCCUCUUCCAUCCAUGGAGGGGCUGGUGCAUCCAGGAUCAGUGUCUCCUCCAGCACCCGCCUGGGAUCCGGGAUGGGAAUGGGAAUGGGUAUGGGAAUGGGCUCUGGAGCAGGAGGGCUCACCACCAGUGUCCAGGUGAGCGGAUCAGGCGCUGACAUCAUGGGCAACGAGAAGUUCGCCAUGCAGAACCUGAACGACCGUCUGGCGAGCUACCUGGAGACUGUGAGGAACCUGGAGCAGGCCAACCACAAGCUGGAGAUUAAGAUCAAGGAGGCCCUGGAGAAGAGUGGUCCAGACUUCAGAGACUACAGCAAGUACCAGGCCAUCCUGGACGACCUGAGGAAGAAGGUGAGGAGGAGGUGGGGUGGGGGAGGAUUUAAUGAGUGUUAAAGAAAGACAGAUGAGGAGGGAGGAAGUGGGAGUAGGAUCAUGUGGAUUUGUGAUUUGAUAGAUGAAACCAUGAGUGAGUUAUGAUCUGGUUAAUCCCCUGAGGAGGUUUGACGUAAGUGAGAUUGAGCAAGAGCUGGACCCCUGACCUAAGUGUCACCCCCUCAGUUUUCGGGGUUACUGUUUCACUGUGGGAUUGAAUGGUGUCCUGCUAUUACACGGCGGACUGGGACCAGGGGCUGGACCGGAAACAGUAUGGAGGAGGAAUGUUGGAGUGUGAGGGGACAGGAAAGCAGUUAGAUAAACAAGGGACUGUACGGGCUGAAAAAAGUCGACAUACAGAGACUUUUACGACCUGUUUCCUCUUUGUGAAGUGGAACAAAAACAUUGUUGAAUAAUUGGGCAGACAAGAAAAGAGAGUUUCCUGCAGGGUUUAAAAGUGACACAAUUCUCAAAUUGAAAGUAAAUGAAGAUGUUGCACAACCAGGAAAUUUGUUAAUCAUUCAUUCCCGGUUUCUCUACCUCAGUUAACUGGACUGUGUCACUCACAUGCUGCUGCCAGUCUUUCAUUCAAAGCUACAUUUAACCUUCCCGCAAAAUGGAGCAAGUGUUUUUCUAAUCUUUUUUGGUCUCAUGGGUAAAUCUUGCGUAACAGCAUCGCUGGAAAAAGAUGAAAUGAUGCCACAUGAACCGGGCAAAUUGGGCAUAAAAAGGGAAGAGAUGAUUUUAUCAUUUCUUCCCCUUAAUCUUUUCAUUCCCAAAACUUGAUAUGUAACACUAAUAUAGUUAAUUUGUUUUUCCACAAACAGCUGAGGGUCUCAGUCAAUCCAAACAGCCCAGGGUCGAAACAGCCUCAUUUAUCUUCUGCUGUGAUGCUAAAAUCACUCAAAUGGGGCCCUCAGCCUCAACCAGCCCCCAUUUGAGAAAACAGACUCUCACCACUUCUUUAAAGCAGCUUUUACCAGUGCAGCACCUGCAUGCAAACACAUACACGCACGCACACUCACAUGACUUUACAUGCGCACAAACGCCAACGCCACAACCACCAUCGCCAACUCCCUUAUGCAAAUCACCUGCUUCUGUCCUGCUGACAGGGUAGAUCCUGUUCUGCAGCAGCGACGGGACAGUUGGUGCCUGGCAACCAAUGAUUGGCUAGCACACUUUGUCACCUGGAUAUACCCCCCCCCCCCCCCCCCCACACACACACACACACACACACACACCCUCCCCUCUCUUACUUCUCUCCCUACCCUUAUCUACUGGACUGUGACAAACAAAGCAAACACUGAACCAUCUGGUUUGAAAAUGAGGCUGUCCUGUCUCCAUUUUGACAUCACUGUUCUUUAAUUUACAAACUCAAAACGUUGGUUAAAAAGUUCUAAAUCGAAAGAAGUACUUUGAACAAGAAGUACUGUUUGAACAAAAUUUGUUGCCGGUGUAUCAUUGUCUUCUAUUAAGGAUAAGUUUGAUGAAUGAAAUGAGCCAAAUGACAAGUUUGUGAUUUUUCCCCAGUGGCUUGCUGUCAUCACUUUUUUAGGGAAUUUUGCGACAGGUUCACUGUAGCUAUUGUUUUUCACUAAUUUCAGUGACACCUUUGUAAUCCUCAGGUACAGGAUUUUGCGUCUCUCUUAAAACUCCUGUGAGGAGCUUUAUUUGGUUACAAAGCAUUUAAAUUAAGAUAUCUUUAUAAUCUACUUUAGCAAACAGAACAAUUUUUUCAAGGAUAAACUUCUUCGACAAAGUUAUUCUUAAUGACUAAUCCAUUUCCGGCGGCGAAGUAUCUGCAGAUGUGAAAAAAAAAAAAAAAACUUAAUGAGGUGAGAUUCCUCCAAAAUCACAGGGGGCGCCAAAAUCACCACAGUAGCUCUAACCUCGCAAGUGAAGCUAGCCAUUUUUAAUUAUCUAUAUUGAUAAAGUUAGUCAACUAUAAAUAUCAAGCAAACAAAACUCAGACUGAAGUGCUUCACAGAUCAUUGAUGAUAGCUGAGCCUAAAGUCAAAAAGACUCUCUUUCAGCUCUUCGGUGUUAAAUGUCUGGUAGCUCUUAUCUGUUUGUUUUGGCUUCGAUCGUCAGUGUGUAAUCUAAACACCCUCUUUUGUUCUCUGAACCUGUUCCAGGUGUUUGAUGCCACCACCGACAAUGCCCGCCUGGUUCUCCAAAUCGACAAUGCACGCCUGGCAGCCGAUGACUUCAGAGUGAAGUAAGCCCCGCCCACUUUACUUCUGCGACUGUAAACCAGCUGCUGAUUACGCCCUCUUUUAUAGCUGAAUGGGAGGAAGGAUGAAUGCGUGGUGUCAUGGUCUGAAUAGACAGCUGUUUGUCUUGUAGUCAAUCAUCAGCUUUGCAUCAAAGGUGUUCAUUUGUGUCAUGAUUCAAAUAUAAGAGCAAACACAGCUGUCAGACACACAUGGACUAACAAAUGACCAUGUCUGAGUGAGGAAGUGAGAAGAGAAGCCAUAAAAAUAAUGUCUAGGUUUAUUUAGUUCUUAAAUAUGUAUGAAGCCUAGCAGUUGACCAGGCUUUGACAUUUCCCUCUUCUUAUUUCUUUUUUUUCUAGAUAUGAGUCUGAGUUGGCCAUCCGCCAGUCCGUGGAGGCUGAUAUUGUUGGUCUGAGGAAACUCAUUGACGACACCAACAUGAGCCGCAUGAACCUGGAGAGUGAGAUCGAAACCCUGAAGGAGGAGCUCAUCCACCUCAAGAAGAACCAUGAAAAUGUGAGUAAUAGUGCAAAGACAGUUAAAAACCCAGAAAAUCCCCUUAGAAACAGCAAAUGUGUCAAUAAACCUGAUUCUGAUAACAAAACUUUUAAGUCAGUGUCCGUAAACCUGGCAUGGAAUCUAACUGAACAAUCUAUGAUAUCAGACGUGGCAUGUAACACAGCAUAACAACCAAAUAAAAGUUUAAAAACACAGCUUUAGUUUCAAUAAGAGGGCAUCAGAUCUCCUUUUUAUAGACUGUGUGGCCAUGUUCAAACAGAUUUGACUCGAAAUAAUAGCAGGAAAAAAGACCACAGCUGUCGCCACAAUUUGAUUCAAAAGUUUCCAAACUCCUAUUUGUGCAGACUGACUUCAGAAUUUUCCAUUUCAGACCGGCCUGCUUCAAAUGAGAGAAACAGAAAUACAGAAAUCUUUGACAAAAGCCAACACUGGUCAGGCGUUAGCCAGAAGCCCUGGUAAACCAAUCUAUAAAAAACAGUUUGAGGGAUUUUAAGGUGAUUCAGGCCGCAAAAUUUUCACUGUUUUGUCUGUUUAGUUUAGUCAAGCCAACGUUUAUUUAACUAGUGUUGACCAAAGUGACUUAGAAGGCUAAAAGUACAUCAAGAAAAAAACAAGUAGAAGUAAAAGAAUAGUCAAAGGUUACACCAAUACUUUUUUAUAAAACUUAAAAUAUUUUCUUAAAAAUUAUUCUUACAGGACCUCUGGGCUUCACUCCAGCAAAUACUCACACAUUUAUCAGACGCUGAUAAAGUGUGUUUACCAGCUGAUCUUGACAAUCGCCAAAAAUGUCUCUUUACAAGCACUGUUCAUUCAGGCUUUAGAGCGAGCUUGAGAACACAACAGCAGAGGAGGCAGAAAUCUUAAAUAACUAUGUGAACUUUGUGGGAAGCCUCAUCGUAAAAAUGGUUCCCAUCCAUAUUUGGCACCAACGAAAACACCAAAGAAUCCAAAUUACUGUCAUUAUAUUAUAUAAUUCAGAACACAAGCAUUUGUUGACUGUGGAAAUUAAAUAUUUUGGACCCCAGACAUAUAUUUACGACCCCCCUGUGUAUUUACCUCACCUCAGUGUGGUUAUGGUUGGGGGGUUAGGAGUCACAGCAUGGUCACAGACUCACAAUGCUUUACAUAUGAUCAAAGGGUGUCAAGUGGGCGUAAACUGCACAUCAGUGAAAAGACAAAAUGAAACUUUGAUGUCUGAGUUAAUUCUUGAAUUCUCAUAAUUUUUUAGGAAGUGAUGGAGCUGCGUAACCAGAUCGCCCAGUCAGGAGUCCACGUGGAUGUCGAUGCACCUAAAGGACAGGACCUGGCUCAGAUCAUGGCAGAAAUAAGAGCCAAGUAUGAGAAGAUGGCACAGAAGAACCAGGAGGAACUCAAAGCAUGGCACGAAUCCCAGGUCAGCAUUAACACUCAAGUAUCGUCUGCAUACAAGGAAAGUUUUUGUCAAGUCCAAAACAAACAAGGUUUUUCAAACGUACUCUAAUUUCUUAAAAUCUUCUUCUAGAUCACAGAAGUGCAGACCCAGGUCACCCAGAACACAGAAGCCCUGAAAGGAGCCCAGACAGAAGUCAACGACCUGCGCAGACAAAUCCAGACCCUGGAGAUCGAGCUGGAGUCACAGAGGAGCCUGGUGAGAGGAACUCAGUCAGCACACACUUCAUUUACCUCAACACACGCUUAUCUCAACCCCCUCUAAUGCCUCAUUCAGCACUCUCACUUCAGGUCUCUCACUUCUACUUUGUUGACACAAGCUUUCCACUCCGGUGACCCCUCGCUAUGAGCCGUCGCCUGUAAAAUUUUAACCUCUUCCUUUCCUCCCUCUCUUUUUAGAAAGCGUCUCUGGAGGGCACACUGAGGGACACAGAAAUACGCUACAACAUGGAGAUCGAGUCUCUCAACAGCGUCCUUCUGGGUCUGGAGGCAGAGCUCACACAGCUGCGUAACAACAUCCAGCUGCAGUCACAAGAGUACGAGGCCCUGCUCAACACAAAGAUGAAGCUGGAGGCCGAGAUCGCCACAUACAGACGGCUGCUGGACGGGGAGGACUUCACGUAUGUACAAAGAUUUAAAUCAUCAUUCCCAAAAGCUUAUAAAAUAUUAGAGAAAACAUAGUUUAACUUUUUGAUUUUAUUUUUAAUCAGCAUAAGCAAAAUGUCACAAAAAUGGUUGUCGUGUAAAAUUUGUUGUCUGUUGAUUUUUCCGUUUAGGCUCCAGGAUGCCCUGGACCAGAAAUCAGUGAAGACCAAAGUGAUGACCGUCACACAGACCCUGGUGGAUGGAAAGGUGGUUUCCUCCAGCACAGAAACCAAGAACCUCUGAAAACCAGAAGAAACCACCUGAAACUCCGACAGUAACAACCACAGCAUCAUAACACUAACUCCAAUUGGCCUACGUAGAUCUAUUUUCUACUCUCUUCUCAUUCAUAAAGCACUAACAGUAAGAGCCUCAGCCAAUAGUUGAACUCCUGGAUACACAGCUUCCGCACAGGCUGAUAAGAAAACUGGAUCAGAGGAAAACUAAGUCAUCUUUUAUUUAUUUCAUCAUGAUUUAUUUAUGUUUGUUUGUUCAACGUCAGGUGUUUACGAAGGUUCAAAAUUGGAAGUGUGAGUUUUUUUCAGAGCAAACUAAUUAAAGGCAUUCAAAAUUUCACUAUGAACUAAAAUAAAAGAGCCCUAGCAAAAGUAAAACACAUUUUUUUAUAUUUCAUCAUCUUUGGUUUUCUUUCUGUCCAGUGAAGUCUGCCUGAUGGGCUGUGAUGUUCAGACAUUUCAAUAAAGUCCAUUCAAGAAACAAUCCUGAUGUAAACCGUGUUUUGACUGUCUGGUGUGUCUGUGUUUCCAUGUAUCACUUGUCGAUUUUAUCCAGGGAGAAUGAAUUGAGUCAUCCAAGCCAGAUUUUUAGAUAAGAAAACACAAACUGGACCUGUCUAGUGCUUCUUGUUUUUAGAAAACAUAUAGAGCUUGGCAGACAUGACUACUGAAGCUCAGACACAUUUGUUUUAAAGAUGGAUUUUAGUACAUCCAAGAGAUCUUGGUCAGUAGAUGGGUCUGUUGACCCUCUUCAGGGUGGGGGUCACCCUAAGUAGUGAUUUAUGGAUGAUAAUCAUUUCUACAUUCAUGUCAUGCCUGUAGAUUGUCCAAAAUAUUGGUAAUUUGUUAUGAAGCUGCAUUGUGGGGAAGCCAGAGGUCGGAUGGAUCAGUACAAGGGGUCGGUGGUUAAAUUAAAAUACGAGGCUGGUGAGCAGAUGAAUAAAUUAGAGGGUUCUAUUAAUGGAAGGAUUGUUAGAAGGGUUUGAUGAAGGGAUGACUUGGAGAAAUUAGAGGAUGGAUGUGAGGAUGAAAGUCAAAAACAUAAAGAGCACUAGUAAGUGAAAAGAAGAGGUGAGUUUGAUAGAAAGAUGAAUGGAUGAGCCGAUGAAUAAAUAAUGACAGGUGGUAGUGUUGCAUUGAUUUUGGGUUGAAUGUUUGAAUUAAAAGACGGAUAAAUGAAUGAAUGGAUAUAUGAAUAGAUGGAUGUAUAGAUGAUAGACUAGGUGGAUUUAUAAGUGGAUGAAGGGACAAAUGGGUAUAGUUGGCUUAAUGGAUUGCUGGAUGGAUGGGACAAGUGUAAUUUAUUAUUGAGCAAACACAGUUAAUCAGAAACAAAAAAACAAUACAUGUCUGAUUCUUACAUUGUUUUAAAAAUCUUGAAUCUAAAAUAAAAAUGUAUUUUAAAGUAAUUCUAUAUUAAAGGGAGGAAAUGGUUAAAA